UCCGGGGCUGCCAGCCAUGCCUCUGCGCGGGGCCGCGGCGCCCGACCAGCUCGUUUUCUACGUGAAUGGCAGGAAGAUAAUAGAGAAAAAUGCUGAUCCUGAACAAAUGCUCUUGUCUUAUCUGCGAAAGAGGCUCCGUCUUACAGGAACUAAAUAUGGCUGUGGAGAAGGUGGCUGUGGUGCCUGCACAGUGAUGAUAUCUACUUAUGAUCCAGCUUCAAAGAAGAUACGACACUAUUCAGCCAAUGCAUGUUUGCUUCCCAUUUGUUCCUUGUAUGGUGCAGCAGUGACUACAGUGGAAGGUGUUGGAAGUACAAAAACCAGGAUUCAUCCAGUUCAGGAAAGACUUGCCAAGUGCCAUGGCUCCCAAUGUGGUUUCUGCACGCCUGGAAUGGUGAUGUCCAUAUACACUUUGCUAAGAAACCACCCAGAACCAACUUCGGAGCAGAUGGUUGCAGCUCUGGCUGGAAACUUGUGCCGCUGUACUGGAUACCGGCCAAUCCUAGAUGCCUGUAAAACCUUCUGUAAGGAAUCCAUUUGUUGUCAAAGGAAAGCAAAUGGAAAAUGUUGCUUGGAUCAGGAAGAUGAUUUGUUUGACAAUGAAGAGAAGGUCUCCACCAGCCUGUUUUCAACAGAUGAAUUCCAGCCCUUAGAUCCCACCCAGGAGCUUAUAUUCCCUCCAGAAUUAAUGAGAAUGGCAGAAAAUCAACCAAAAAGGACUCUGUUUUUUCUUGGGGAGCGAGUAACAUGGAUUUCUCCUGUAAGCUUGGAUGAACUGCUGGAUCUGAAAGCCACCUACCCCAAAGCUCCACUUGUGGUUGGGAACACCAGUGUGGGACCUGACAUGAAAUUCAGAGGUGUGUUCCAUCCAGUUCUUAUUGCUCCUGCAAGGAUCCCAGACCUGAAUGUGCUAAAAUAUACAAAUGAUGGAUUAACUCUGGGAGCUGCCUGCAGCCUCUCUGUAGUGAGAGACAUCUUGUCAAAUGCAAUUGCCGAGUUCCCAGAAGAGAAGACGAGGGUUUUCUGUGCUGUCUUGCAGCAAUUGAGAACUCUGGGCGGAGAACAGAUAAGAAAUGUUGCUUCAUUUGGUGGAAACAUCAUAAGUAGAAAAUCAACCUCAGACUUGAAUCCUGUUCUGGCAGCCAGCAACUGCAUGCUCAAUCUGGCUUCAAGAGGACAACAGCGACAGAUUCCUGCGGGUGAUAUUUUUGCAGAUGGAGUUGGUAACAAUACCAUUGCACCAGAAGAGAUCUUAGUCUCUAUCCAUAUUCCCUAUUCUAGAAAGGGGGAGUAUGUCUCUGCAUUUCGACAAGCACCAAGACGGGAAAAUGCUCUUCCAGUAACCAAUGCUGGGAUGAGAGUCCUUUUCGAAGAAGGUACAGACAUUAUAAAGGAUCUAAGCAUUUUCUAUGGAGGUGCUGUCUCGACGACAGUCUGCGCAAAACAAACCUGCUGGACACUUACUGGAAGACACUGGAAUGAACAAAUGUUGGAUGAAGCAUGCCGACUAGUUCUUAAAGAAAUUGCUCUUCCAGGCUCAAAUGGUGGUGAAAAUGUAGACUAUAAGAAAACUUUGAUGGUCAGUUUCUUCUACAGAUUUUUCCUGGAAGUAUCACAGUCAUUGAAGACAAUGGAUCCUUGCCAUUAUCCUGGCAUACCUGUGGAAUAUGGGAGUGGCCUACAAGAUUUCAAAACCAGAAUGCCCCGGAGUAUCCAAAUAUACCAGGAUGUAGAGCCAAGCCAGUCUCCCCAGGACCCUGUGGGACGGCCCAUUAUGCACCAGUCUGGAAUAAAGCAUGCCACUGGCGAAGCAGUCUACAUUGAUGACCUUCCUUCUGUGGAUGGGGAGCUUUUCCUGGCUGCUGUCACUAGUUCCAGAGCUCAUGCUAAGAUUGUAUCUAUAGAUACCUCAGAGGCCCUAAAAGGAGCAGGUGUGUUUGAUGUCAUAACAGCUCAUGAUGUGCCGGCUGCAAAUGAGUUUUAUUUUUCUGAUGAUCCAGAGAUUAUAUUUGCAAGAAAUGAGGUGAUUUGUGUGGGUCAGAUUGUCUGUGCUGUGGUUGCAGAUUCGGAUGUUCAUGCCAAACAAGCAGCUGCAAAAGUGAAGAUAGAGUAUGAAAUACUGGAACCAGUAAUUUUAACAAUUGAGGAAGCUAUAAAACACAACUCGUUCUUUGAGCCAACAAGAAAAUUAGAACAAGGAAAUGUUGAUGAAGCAUUUGAAACUGUUGAUGAUAUAAUUGAAGGGGAGAUUUGCAUUGGGGGACAGAAACACUUUUACAUGGAGACUCAGAGUAUGCUUGCUGUUCCCAAAGGAGAGGAUAAAGAAAUGGAUUUGUAUGUGUCAACACAGCAUCCAGCAUUUAUUCAGGAGAUGGUAGCUGCGAGUUUAGGUGUUCCAGCCAACAGGAUCAUGUGCCAUGUUAAACGAGUUGGUGGAGCUUUUGGUGGGAAAAUCCUGAGAACUGGCUUACUGGCAUCAGUUGCUGCAGUGGCAGCAAACAAAACCAGCAGAGCAGUCCGUCUUAUUCUGAGCCGAGAGGAUGAUAUGGUAAUCACUGGUGGACGACAUCCCUUUAUUGCUAAAUAUAAAGUUGGCUUCAUGAAUGAUGGUAGGAUCACAGCUGUGGAUGCCAAAUAUUAUAUUAAUGGAGGAUGUACCCCCGAUGACUCAGUCCUGGUAGCAGAAGUAUCCUUAUUAAAAAUGGACAAUGCCUACAAGAUUCCCAACCUGAGAUGCUGGGCAUAUGCCUGCAAAACAAACUUGCCAUCAAAUACAGCAUUCCGAGGCUUUGGCUUUCCUCAGUCAGGACUGGUGACAGAAACCUGGAUAACAGACGUUGCAGAUAAAACUGGUUUAGCACCAGAAAAGAUUAGGGAAAUAAAUAUGUAUAAGAAGAAUGAGCAGACACACUUCAAACAAAAACUUGAUCCACAGAAUUUAAUACGGUGUUGGAAUGAAUGUAUGGAGAAAUCUGCAUACUACAGCAGGAGAACAGCUAUCAAUGAAUUUAACAAACAAAAUUACUGGAAGAAAAGAGGGAUUGCCAUUGUACCAAUGAAGUUUCCGUUUGGACUAGCCACACCUUACCUUUCUCAGGCUGCUGCACUGGUUCAUAUUUAUACUGAUGGGUCUGUGCUUCUGACACAUGGUGGAAUUGAAAUGGGGCAGGGUAUUCAUACAAAAAUGAUCCAGGUUGCUAGUCGGGAAUUGAACAUCCCCAUGUCAUGUAUUCACUUCUGUGAAACGAGCACAACAACUGUCCCCAAUGCAUGUGCCUCAGUAGGAUCAGCAGGGACAGAUGUCAAUGGCAUGGCUGUGAAGGAUGCUUGCCAAACUCUUUUGAAACGCCUGCAGCCCAUCAUCAAGAAGAACCCAACAGGGACCUGGAAUGAAUGGAUCAAAGAAGCUUUUGAACAGAGUGUGAACCUUUCAGCUACUGGCUAUUUUAGAGGUUACAAUGAAUACAUGGACUGGGAGAAAGGGGAAGGACACCCAUUCACAUAUUUUAUUUUCGGAGCUGCUUGUUCAGAGGUUGAAAUUAACUGUCUAACAGGAGAUCACAAGAACCUCAGAACAGACAUUGUUAUGGACGUUGGAUGCAGCAUAAAUCCAGCUGUGGAUAUAGGACAGAUUGAAGGUGCUUUUGUUCAAGGCAUUGGCCUGUACACAAUGGAGGAGUUAAAGUUUUCUUCAGAAGGAGUCCUCUAUACUCGGGGUCCAGAUCAGUAUAAGAUCCCUGCUGUUUGUGAUAUUCCAGAACAGUUUAGUGUUUCCCUGCUGUCAUCUUCUCAAAAUCCUUAUGCCAUCUAUGCAUCCAAGGGGAUAGGUGAGGCAGGAUUUUUCUUGGGAUGCUCUGUGUUCUUUGCUUUGAGAGAUGCAGUAACUGGUGUGAGGAAUGAGAGAGGACUGAAGAAGACCUUUGCACUGAACAGCCCCCUGACUGCUGAGCAAAUACGGGCAAACUGCGCUGAUGCCUUUACUGAGGUGGUGCUUUGCCCCACUGACUGCAUGCUGGCACUGUCACUUCCUUGCUAUGCCCAGUACUCUUUGGGAGAAAAUAACUCAGAGCUAACACAGAGACGCAGAAGAACAACAAACGAGAUGGCAAACAAUGGAGCUGCUUCCUCCUUGGGCCAAAUCUGUGUGAAUGACAAACCAUAAUGCACAAGACUGGAAUGGAAAACUGAUUUACUGCCCCAAGACACACUAAUCAACACAGAGAUAAAUGUAUUAGAUAAAUGUAUUUUCUCUUUUUCUGGAUAGAAUCAGCUACCAAAAAUAAUGCAUUUCAUAGCUUACAUCCUUAUCUUCAUUCUUUCUCCAGUGGACUCAUUACAGUAUUUUGCUUAAAUGACUGUAUUUAAUUGUUGGAAAAAA